ACUCAAUGUCAGGGUUCCAACUGCAAAGUACACCAAAAUGGGUGAGACCCUGAGGCACGUCAUCCCGGGACAUAUGCAGUGUUCCAUGGCAUGCGGGGGACGCGCCUGUAAAUACGAGAACCCGUCUCGCUGGAGCAACAAGGAACAAGCCAUAAGAGGACUCUACUCUUCUUGGAUCACAGACAACCUGUUAGCCAUGGCGCGGCCCUCCACUGAGAACAUCGACAAAUACAACAUCAUCGAACAGUUCUUGAAAUGCGGCUUAAAGACCAUAAUUAACCUGCAGCGCCCAGGAGAGCACGCCAGCUGUGGCCACCCGCUGGAACCAGAGAGUGGAUUCACCUACCGCCCCGAGGUCUUCAUGGAGGCAGGGAUUUAUUUUUACAACUUUGGAUGGAAGGACUAUGGAGUAGCUUCACUUGCAACAAUCCUAGACAUGGUGAAGGUGAUGUCUUUCGCCAUGCAAGAGGGGAAAAUGGCCAUCCACUGUCAUGCCGGACUUGGAAGGACAGGCGUCCUGCUGGCGUGCUACUUGGUCUUCAAGCUACGAAUGAGCGCAGACCAGGCCAUCCUGUUCGUGCGGGCCAAGCGACCCAGCUCCAUCCAGACACGUGGUCAGUUGCUGUGCGUGCGCGAGUUCGCCCGCUUCGUGGCACCGCUGCGCUCUGUGUUCUCGAACGCAGAGCCAAGAACACACACCGUCACGCUUUCGCAGUACCUGACACGGCAGCGCCACCUCCUGCAUGGGUACGAGGCGCGCCAGAUGAAGCACGUGCCAAAGAUCGUCCACGUGAUCUGCAGGCUUUUGUUAGACGUCGCGGAGAACAGGCAGGUGACCGAGGAGAAAAACGUAAUCGAGAUCCCCGACCUGACCGCCGAGGUUGAAAAGACGGUAUCCCAGCAGGCCUUGCUGCAGCUCGGGAAGGAAAUAUGGGGGAAGGGCGACUGUGUGAAUUCACCUCGCUCCUUGGAGUCCUCCACACCCCCUCUGGAACAGUUUGACCCCCUGUGGAGUGUUUGGUCUGUAAACGAAGACAGUAAAGCUCAGCAUUUACGCAGGCUGAGCGUCAGUGAUUCUGCCCUGAACUGUUUGGGUUCCAGAACCAAGCGGUUGCACUGGCACCCGGGCCACGUCUCAAACCUCUUAGGUAAGCGAUGUACGUCUCAAAACAGGUUAGUUCCGGAAUCCCCAAAGCUUCAGCCCUCCAGACCAUUACUGACUUAUGAAAAUGGCAUCAACUCCAAACCGAGCUCUCUAACUGGAUCCUCAUCGUCCAUCAACAAAUGCAGGAAAGAACCGGAACGAGCACCUCGCUCUCCACUAUUCAGAAAGCGCAUUCCUUUGAAAGAGAUCAAGCGCACCAGGUCAUUGGGUUUUUCCAAGAGCAGCACGGCUACAACGACAGACUGGCAAACGGCAGAAAAGUGGAGUCAAGAGGGUCAGUCAGACCAGGUUAAUAAUAAACCGUUUAUAUCUAUGGAGAGCGGUGAUGUCCACAUGUUCCAGACUGAGCUCGCGCUCGAGGAUCGCCAUGUGCAAGUGGCUAAAGCUCUCGCAACGGACGCAGUGGGGGAGAAUCUCAGGAAUGCCAUCUCAACGUGGCAGACAGAGUUGAACAGCAGAGAAGGAGCCUGGGAGAGAUUGUACUUGGAGCGUGAUCCACUGCUGCUCUCCUCUCUCAUGUGGUCGUGGCUGGAGCAGCUGAAGGAGCCGGUCAUCACUAAAGAGGACGUAGAGGAGCUGACUAGCAAUAGCCACAAGCCCCUGCAAGCUCUCAAUGUUUUGGAAAAGGGCAACAAACAAACCCUGCUGUGUGUUCUGGACUGUGCUGCACAUUUAAUGAAAUUCCCCGACGAGCUUGAAGCGGCUGUUCUUCACCGUACAAUCAAAGCAUUCACGAGGGUUACCAGUGAUUCAGUGAACGGCCAGCAAAUCUAUAAAUCUCUGGUGGAAAUUCUAAGCCUGGUUCUGAACGAUAUGAGAAGGAAAGCGCUGGAAGAGUUACACAAUUAAGUCUCCAUGCCACCAAAAAUAAAUGACCUGGUAAUCUUGGCUAGAUAUGCACCACGCUAAUGUCAGUGUGUUCCAAAAUAUGCUUAAUGCAAUGCAAGUUCAGGCUGCAU